AUGGCGAGCCCACCGCCGGUCGCCGAGGACCAAAGCCGCCUCCUCGAGGAGGCAUUGGGGGUGGUGAGGCAACAGUCAGCUCUGAUGCGCAAAUGCUUAGAGACUCCUGGCAAGCUCAUGGAUGCGCUCAAGUGCGGGUCAACUCUUGUCUCCGAAUUGCGAACCCCUAGCCUUGGUCCGAAGCAGUAUUACGAGUUGUACAUGGCCGUUUUUGACGCGUUGCGACACCUUUCCGUCUACCUCAAGGAGAACCACCCUGUCAACCACCUGGCGGACUUGUACGAGCUGGUCCAAUAUGCUGGAAAUAUUGUUCCCCGCUUGUACCUUAUGAUCACUGUCGGCACCGUUUACAUGUCGGUCGAGGAUGCGCCCGUCAAGGAGAUUAUGAAGGAUAUGAUGGAGAUGAGUCGUGGCAUUCAGCACCCGAUCCGCGGUCUUUUCCUGCGAUACUACCUGUCCGGUCAAGCGCGCGAUUAUCUUCCAUCGGGAACCGGCGAUGGUCCCGAAGGCAACCUCCAAGACUCAAUCAAUUUCGUUUUGACCAAUUUCGUGGAAAUGAACAAGCUCUGGGUUCGGCUGCAGCACCAAGGUCCAUCCAGAGAGCGGGAACGACGGAUACAGGAAAGGCGCGAGUUGGAGCUACUUGUCGGUAGCAAUAUUGUUCGACUGAGCCAGUUGGUCGAUCUUGAAGGAUACAAGUCUGGCAUUCUGCAAGCACUUCUGGAGCAGGUGGUACAAUGUCGAGAUGUCCUGGCGCAGGAAUACCUUCUAGAGGUGAUUACGAAGGUUUUCCCGGACGAAUUCCACCUCCACACCCUGGACCACCUCUUGUCUGCUAUCGCUCGACUACAUCCACACGUCGACCUGAAGAAAAUCGUCAUCGGAUUGAUGGAUCGCCUGUCAACAUACGCGACAAAGGAUAAUGAAUCAACAAUGGAACCAGAGGCGAGAAAACAAAAUGAAGAAGUAGCUGUUGUUCGGUUGUUGGAGAAGCUCGAACUGGAUAAGGAGAAGAAGAAGCAAGCCGAAGCGGAAGCGACCGCUGCAAGCAAGGCUGAGGAGAAUGGCACCGAGGAGUCCCCCAAGACGGAGGAGUCUACCGAAACUACGAAGGAACAGAACGAUAGGCAGGAACAGGCCGCGAAUGGAGAUGGUUCCAAAGCGACCAUUUCAGCUGAGGUCAAGCUAUACGACAUCUUCUAUGAUCAAGUGGUGAAUCUGAUCAAGACACGCGCACUACCGAUCCAAGAUACCAUGGCACUUUUGGUAUCCCUUGUUAAUUUGGCACUGAACAUCUACCCAGACGAGCUGCAUUAUGUUGAUCAGGUCCUCGACUUUGCGACUGAAAAGACCGCCGAAUAUACCGAUCACGCUGAUCUUCACUCAGCUCCGACCCAACAGCACAUCCUCCACCUACUUAGCGCUCCUCUGCACUCCUAUGUGUCGAUCUUUACAGCUUUGGCGCUGCCGCACUAUCUGCCUCUUCUAACGUCACAAUCAUAUCCAACCCGUAGGGCUGUGGCAGGCGAGAUUGUUCGGAGUCUACUGAAGAAUAAGACCCUGAUCACAACCACGGAAAACCUUGACCGUGUGUUGCAAGUCGCCCGAGUUUUGAUCAAGGAGGGCCUGCAACAGUCGACUGGAUACCCUGGAGCACCAUCGCAGCGUCGUGGUGGAGAGACAGAUGAGACCAUUGAGGAGCAGGGGUGGCUUGCCAGAUUGGUGCAUUUGAUACAAGCGCCCGAUAACGACACCCAACUGAAGCUCCUUCAAGCAACUCGGAAAGUAUACGCCGAUGGCAACGAGCGCAUCAGAUAUACCACGCCUGCUCUUGUCACGGCAUCAAUUCGCUUGGCCCGUAAAUUGAAAUCCCGUGAGCAUUACGACGACAACUGGCAAUCGCAGUCGUCCGCUCUCUAUCGAUUCCUGCACCAAUGUGUCAAUAACUUGUACCAACGGGUGAACCCCGGCUGUGCUGACCUCGCUCUUCGGUUGUUCGUCAUGUGUGGUGAAGUUGCCGACCAGACAGGAUUUGAGGAAGUUAGCUACGAAUUCUUCGCGCAAGCAUUCACGAUCUACGAAGACGCGAUCAGUGACUCUCGAGCUCAGUUCCAGGCAGUCUGCAUCAUCGCGGGUGCCUUGCACGGAACCCGAGGGUUCUCCAAGGAGAACUACGAUACAUUGAUUACCAAGGCUGCCCUGCAUGGAAGCAAGCUCCUCAAGAAGCCUGAUCAGUGCCGCGCAGUUUACCUUGCCAGCCAUCUCUGGUGGGUAGUUGAGAACCCACAGCGUGGGGAAGAGGAUCCCAAGAAUCUCUACCGCGAUGGAAAACGGGUUCUCGAGUGUCUCCAGCGUGCCCUCCGUGUCGCUGAUGCCUGCAUGGACACGGCCGUCUCCGUGGAGCUCUUCGUCGAGAUUUUGAACCGCUACGUCUACUACUUCGAUCAGCAAAACGAAACCGUCACCACCAAGUAUCUCAAUGGGCUGAUUGAGCUUAUCCACUCCAACCUUCAGACAAGCGAGGACGAACCAAAUCCUAGCCUCGAAGGUCCCAAGCGCCACUUUGAACGAACCCUGGAGUACAUUAGGUCCCGGGAGUAUGAAGGCGUUGUGACUGAGCGGCAGUAA